AUGUCUGCUAUUCAACUUGUGUCCACCGAGCUCGAGAAGUCCGGAUGGGAAAGUGAAGAAUUACUCAACAAGGCUCAAAUACUAAUGAAUCAAGGAUUGGUUAUUGCAAGUCGCGGAGGACCAGACAGCUGCAUACUCUCCGUUACAGAGCUUGCAUGGCUAGCCAAGGCCAGCUAUAGCAUUGCAUCCAAACACAUUGUUCUAUCAGAACACUAUCUCCUCUGCGACUCUCUCAAAAUAGCCAGAAUUACGAUAGAAGCCCGCAAGGAAAUCGGCGCCGCCGAAAAGGUUCGCUCUCAGCUGACCUCCUACUAUGUAGAGUCUAAUAUAGUAUCCAGCAAAGGCACUACAGCGCUAUACUUCAAGAGUCAGCAAAUUGAAAACAACAGGAAUAACCCUCGAUAUGAGAGAUUUCUCUCACAACACCGCACCAUUUUCGCCCUCGAUCUUGAGGCAUCAACCUUCCUGAAUGACUGGACGGGUGUCUGCGCAAUCGUUGAAGAAUCUAGCCCAUCUAUAGACGAGAAACUCAGCUCAGUAUUUCUAGACCGUAUCCUCCGCUCUGAUGCUCAACUGAAGCCUAAAGUGCAAGCAGUCAAGACCCUAAUCCGCACCCUCCACGCCUCGCCAUCCCCCUUCCUAGACAAAUCAACCUUCAUCGUCAAAUCCCUUCCGCGCUAUAUUCGCUGUUUAUUCCAACUCUCCCUCGACGCAGCAGAGUACCAGCUCGCAGAGUCGAUUCUCGAUCAGGCCCUCAUAUUGGCUCAAGGAAAGCAGACUGAAACCGGAAACGAUAACAAGCGGUCACUGUCAGGGUAUCCAGAAGAUGAGAUACGAUGGCUGUCAACUGUAGCAUUUAAUCGAGCAGUGGAUUACUAUCUCGCCGCGGCAGACAUGCAUUGUCGACGAUGGGCCGGAAAGGCAAUCAGCCUGGCUGAUCUGAUAGAAGACGAUGGUGCACUGGGAAGGUUACUACGGGGAAAGCUUGAGAUGUUGACUUGA